CGAUAAGCCUCUGACCCGCUCAUUGACACAUGACGCCUUCCUUGAGUAUUUUUCCAAAAAGACACCUUGCCAGGUUCGGAAGAUGACAAAAGACAGAAGACGUAGUGGCCCGUGGUUGCCGGCCGGAAGGACUCUCGCUGCUUCCUGAGCGGAUUCCCGUGAAGCUGCCACUGCGGCUGGGACUUUGGCCGCAGGGCGCGGGGCGGCGGGAGCCACCGUGGCCGCUGUGCAGCGCGCAGGCCCCGCGGUCCCCAGGCGCGCGGUUCGGUCCCCAACGAGCCGGUCCUCUAUUCGAGCAUCACCCACCGACUCCUGGCGGCUCCUUCCUGCCACAGCUCGGUAUAGCUGCGACUUUCCGGAGGCGCCGCCGUCCCAGGCCGGGGGAAGGGCGCAGGCGGUCCCUGGAGGAUGGCUCCGGUGAGCCGGCCGCCGCAGCCCUGCAUAACUGUGAUCUGAUUUUGAAAUGCAGAUACCAACCUGGAGUCUGGGCACCCAACUCAGCCUAGGAGUAGCAUUCUUUAAAAGAUACAGCUCGGGACUGGGCCCCGUCUCCACUCCUACCUUCCUCAGGCUUCCAUGGUGGGUUCUUGAUGGACUUGGUUCUCUUCUGCUGGCAACUCCUGGGCAGGAGACAUGGCUCUGGUCAGAUGGGGGCUGAGAAGACAGAACUUCCAUCCGUUGAGGAAGAGGAGGAGAGCGUUGCUGUUGAAACUCACAGUCGUCAUUAUCUCUGUGCUUCUGUUUUGUGAAUAUUUCAUCUAUUACCUGGUCCUCUUUCGGUGCCAUUGGCCUGAGGUGAAGACUUUAGCCCAUGGCGGUGGGCAGGAGCCUGUACUGAAAGCCAUGUUUCUGGCUGACACUCACCUACUUGGGGAGAUAAGAGGCCAUUGGCUGGACAAAUUACGAAGGGAGUGGCAAAUGGAGAGAGCUUUUCAGACAGCUCUGUGGUUGCUGCAACCGGAAGUCGUCUUCAUUUUGGGAGACAUCUUUGAUGAAGGGAAGUGGAGUUCCGACCAGGCCUGGGCAGACGACGUGCAGAGAUUUCAAAGGAUGUUCAGACAUGACAGCCAUGUGCAGCUGAAGGUGGUCAUUGGCAAUCAUGACGUUGGCUUCCACUAUCAGAUGACUAAAUACAGAAUAAAGCGAUUUGAGAAAGUGUUUGGCUCUGAAAGACUGCUCUCUCUAAAAGGAGUUAAUUUUGUCAUGGUCAACAGCGUUGCAAUGGAAGGGGAUGGUUGUAUCAUAUGCUCUGAAGAGGAAGCUGAACUCAGAGAGAUCUCUCGUAAACUGAAUUGCUCCCAAGAGCAGGUGCCGGGAUCCAGCCAGUGUGACCGUGAGCCUGAGCCGAGGCUCCCCUUGUCCGCUCCCGUGUUGCUGCAGCACUACCCGCUCUACCGGGCCAGCGAUGCUAACUGUUCGGGUGAAGAUGCAGCUCCCCCAGAGGAAAGGAACGUCCCCUUCGAGGAGAAAUAUGAUGUUCUUUCUCGGGAGGCCUCGCAAAAGCUGUUGUGGUGGCUCCGGCCUCGCCUGGUUCUGAGUGGCCACACGCACAGUGCCUGUGAGGUGUUCCACCCAGGAGGAGCCCCUGAGGUGAGCGUCCCAUCUUUCAGUUGGAGGAACCGAAACAACCCAAGUUUCAUCAUGGGCAGCCUGACAUCCAGAGAUUACGCUCUGUCCAAGUGCUACCUCCCGUUUGAGGACACGGUGCUGACCAUGUACGGUGCAGCGGCUGGCUUCCUCAUGAUUCUCAUCUUAGUUCACUUUGAGCAUCUGCCCUCACCUUUUCUGUGUGGCUGGAAACUGUGCAGGUUGCACAUGAGGAGGUGAAGAGCCGGUGACUGUUGCGUAUGGUAAUACAAAUCAACGCCAAAGACCUAUAGGACUUCCAGUGGGGGUCCUGCGAGUCCCAGAGGAGAGCAAACGCUGGUUCUUCCUACGUACAUGGUGGGGAUUCUGAAUCUUCAAUGCGACUACAGAAUAAAUGGUUGACUGUACUGUUCUCAUGCUAUAAAAAUGGAACAUGUACUCGGCAACAAAUUCAUCUUUUCAUUUUAAGAAACGUAUGUAUAAUCAAAGGUUCCAGAGGUAUGGAAUGUAAAUGUCAUGGACACUACCACUCGCAUGCGUGACACACAGUCCUUUCUUCCACAGGAAGGACCCAGCAGCUUUGGUGCACACUCGAGGCUAUGUGUGCCCCUAAACAUUGGGGCUUCUCUGUACUUCUGUGAAGUGGCUCUCAGUUUCUUGCAGAUCAUGAAGCUAUAUGCUUAAAAGUACAGAUUCAAUGAGUAGGACUAAAGGCUUUUGCGUUUCCGCGCUAAUGGAAUUGGAUUUUUAGGUACGUGUAAUUUUCUUUCCGGGAGACCAUGUGAUCGCAUCUGAACUCAAUGUCUGCUCAUGACUAAAACUUCAACAUGGAUGUUUGAAUUUAAGAACAAAUGGUGUAAUAAUUCUGUCAGAUAAAGCACAUUCCUUUCCUUA